GGGUCUAGGCAACCAACCCAGACACAGCACAGCCAGACCAGAGAGUCAGGGCAAGAUGCAGUGCUGUGUGCCUAGAUGUAGGAAUAGGAGCCACCGGGGGCGCCCCGCUGAGUGCAGGUGUGCAGGACCUCGUGACUGGCUUAGUCACCAGUGGAAAAGAGUGACAGACAUGCUCCCUGGAAGAAAGAGAAGGAUGGCCGCAGGGAACACACGGGACUUAGAGAAGGACUCGCCAGACUGCCUGAGCCCAUGUGAGACCACAGGGCAGGUACCUCAGACCGGAAAAGAAGCUGAGCCCUCCCUGGAGGCAUAUAUGGCCCUGCAAGUUUCCCAGGACAAUAUGGGAGUGCCUGACGCCCAGGGAAGGCGGCAGCCUCCUCCCAAACCCCCACGUAGGAACAAGGGCAGAGUCAUCUGGUACUCAGGGUCCUGUCCUUACAGUGACUGGCCCCCUCUCCUAGAGGACCAACCUCAGGUCGGGCCAGGUCCCCAGGAGCCUGAAGGGGAACUGCAACCUGUGCAGCAGAUGACCACGGGGGACACACUGGACACAGGGGAGGACAUGCCAUGUGGCCUGAUUCCCCCAAAUACUGAAGAGCAGAUGCAGCCCACCAGCAAGGAGGCUGAGUCCCCACUGGAGGCAAGUGUGACCCUGCUGAGUCCCCAGGACAAUAUGGGGGCCCUGUGGCCCAGGAAAUGUAGCAGCCCCCUCCCAAGCCUCCUUGCAGGAACAAGGGCUGAGUUGUCUGAGAACAACCCUUGGGAGUGGGAGGUGGAUCCGGACCCCCGGAGUCUACAAAGGAGCUGCAACCUGUGCAGCACAUGA